AUGAACUCCACGGACCUCUUCCCGGACGCUCCCAACGCCACCUGGCCCGCGCCUGGCGCCCCUGCGGGGAACGGCACUGCCCUGCGGGAGGGUCUCCACGUCCUGGUCCACACGGCCACGCUGGUGACCUGCACGCUCCUGCUCGUCAUCGUCUUCUGCCUGGGCUCCUACGGCAACUUCAUCGUCUUCCUGUCCUUCUUCGACCCGGCCUUCAGGAAGUUCAGGACCAACUUCGACUUCAUGAUCCUGAACCUGUCCUUCUGCGACCUCUUCAUCUGCGGCGUGACGGCCCCCAUGUUCGCCUGCGUGCUGUUCUUCGGCAGCGUCCCCGCGGCCUUCUGCUUCACCUUCCACCUCACCGGCGCCGGCUUCAUCCUCAUGUCCCUCAAGACGGUGGCCGCGAUCGCCCUGCACCGGCUCCGCAUGGUGCUGGGGAGGCAGGCCAACCGCACGGCCUCCUUCCCCUGCACCCUGCUCCUCGCCCUGCUGCUCUGGGCCACCAGCUUCACCCUGGCCACCGUGGCCACCCUGAAGACCCGCACGCCCCCCCUCUGCCUCCCCAUGUCCAGCCUGGCGGCCGGCGAGGGCAGGGCCGUCCUGUCCCUCUACGUGGCCGACUUCGCCUUCUGUGUGGCCGUGGUCUCCGUGUCCUACAUCAUGAUCGCCCAGACGCUGCGGAAGAACGCUCAGGUCAGGAAGGGCCCCCCUGUGAUCUCGGUGGACGCCUCCCGGCCGCAGCCUUUCGCGGGGGCGCCCGCGAAGGGAGGCGGAGACCCCGUCCAGUGCGCCGUGCCCGCGCUGUACAGGAACCAGCACUACAACAAGCUGCAGCCCGUCCAGACCCACGGCUACGCUCAGGGUCCCGGCCAGCUGCCCACCCCGGCGGCCAGCCGGCUGCAGCUGGUAUCGGCUGUCAAUCUCUCCGCAGCCAAGGAUUCCAAGGCCGUGGUCACCUGCGUGGUCAUCGUGCUGUCGGUCCUGGUAUGCUGCCUUCCCCUGGGGAUUUCCCUGGUGCAGGUGGUUCUGUCCGGAAGCGGGAGCUUCAUCCUCUACCAGUUUGAGCUGUUUGGGUUCACCCUUAUCUUUCUCAAGUCAGGAUUGAACCCUUUCAUAUAUUCCCGCAACAGCACGGGGCUGAGGAGGAAGGUGCACUGGUGCCUCCAGUGCGUCGGCCUGGGGUUUUUCUGCUGCAGACAGAAGACUCGCCUUCGCGCCAUGGGCAAAGGGAACCUGGAGGUGAACAGGAACAAAUCGUCCCAUCAUGAGACGAACUCUGCCUACAUGCUGUCUCCCAAGCCCCAGAAGAAAUUCGUGGACCAGGCUUGUGGGCCAAGUCACUCCAAGGAGAGUGUGGUCAGCCCCAAGUUCUCCGCGGGGGGACAUCAACUCUACGGUCAGAGCAGCUCGACGCCCAUCAACACUCGGAUGGAGCCGUACUACAGCAUCUACAACAGCAGCCCGUCCCAGGACGAGAGCCUGCCGUGCCACUUACAGCCGGUGAGCGCGUUUGGGUUUGCCAGCUCCUACGUGGCCAUGCACUACCACACCACCAACGACUUGCUGCAAGAAUGCGACAGUGCUUCCGCCAGGCAGAUCCCCGUCCCCUCUGUGUAG